AGAUUGCGUCAGCCUUGAGGUAAUCCGCCUCGCGAUUGGCUGGCGGACAUUUCGCAACCUCUGGCUCCCGCCUCUCCGGAGAAAGGACGGCGGCGGCGGCGGCGAGCCGAGUCGGGACUGGUGGGGCCCGCGCCUUCCUCCCGGGCCAGAUUCCGCAUGACAGCCUGUGGAAAGCCUCUCCAGAAAUACCUUGAAAUUCCGGAAUAUAUAUUUUCUUACAACUCACACAAGGUCUACAGGAGAGCUUGUCCAAAUGAGCAAGACAUCACAACAGAACACAGCUGCAGAAACCAAUGGAGUAAGUGUCAUCUAUACCCAAGCGCACACCAGUGGGUUGCAACAAGUUCCUCAGCUGGUGCCUGUUAGUCCUGGAGGUGGGGGCAAAGCUACACCUCCCAGCAAGCAGGGCAAAAAGAAUUCCCUUGUUGAUAGAAACAGUGAUGAAUACCGCCAGCGCCGGGAACGAAAUAACAUGGCGGUGAAAAAGAGCCGCUUGAAAAGUAAGCAGAAAGCCCAGGACACCCUCCAGAGGGUAAACCAGCUGAAAGAAGAAAAUGAACGCUUGGAGGCCAAAAUCAAGCUCCUUACGAAGGAGCUGAGUGUACUGAAAGAUUUGUUUCUUGAGCACGCUCACAACUUCACAGACAGUGCGCAGCCUCUGGGCACAGAAAACUCUGCAGCACAUUCAGAUGGAUCCGGACAAUAGAUAAACUGGGUGAACUUCCCUUGACCAGGUGGAGAAUAGAAUGGAGACGAAUCUGCUCUAAACUUUGUAUCAUCUCUCGUUUUUGACAUCAUUUUUCAGUAGACUUAUCCCUCUGUUUGAGGCCAGGAAAUUGAACGUUUAUGUUAAGUAUUUGUUUUAAAUUAAGUGUUAAUGUAUUUUCUUGUCGGUUUUUUUGAUAAAUGAAAGAAAUAGGGACACAUCCUCAAAUUACUGUCACUAAAAUUAGGACUGCAUCAUUUAUUAAAUUAUUUUAAUUUUUCUGGGCAUGAUGAUUGGGCAAUACUUUUUUCAAAAUAUAAAUUGUUUUUAAGGUAAGAAUUUACAGGUAUUCUCCUCAGUCUCCAGUUUAUCUUGCCUAGGAGGAGGUGCCUUUUUCAAAACGAUUUCUACGAGGCAAGUGUGCAUCAAAGAAAGUGUCAACAAUCCUCAGAUAUUCAUGUGCAAAUUUACAUACUUCACCAAAUUAUCUUUAUGAAAUGGUUGAAAGCCUUAAAUUAGUUGUUCGGUUGACAGCUUUCUUUUCAGCAGGGUAACAAAUAUCCAUAUACUGAUAAUCAGCUGACGAGUUGAUUAAAUAAGCUUUAAAAUUUUCCUUUUCCACUUAUUUUGGUAGUGCAUGGCUUAUUUUGUAAUAUAGGUUGGGAUUUUCAAAAAUGUAGUCCAAAUACUUGCUGUGUACAACUCCUGUAGUUGAGGUUUGCUCAGUAGCGGUGCCUAACACAUUGUUUAGUUAAGGGAAAGGCAGGACAGCUGUCUAACACGCAAGGGUUGUGGUUUUCUCUCAAGCCCUACCUGAUCUGUGGUCUGAAAAUGGCUCUGCUCUAGGUGGGAGCACCUUCCACCUCAUCCCUGUGGCCAAAUGGAAUUGGGCAACUAUAAGGACUAUCUACAAAUAUCUGCAGCAUCUGCAUAGGAAUUUUGUUUCUUUUUAGGGUGUGGGUGUGGGUGGGGAGGCAGGGUUUUCCCAGUUGCUGCUGCUUUUCACCAACCCCUAAAUGAACUGCCUAGAGUAGGGGUCUCCAACCUUGGCAACUUUACGACAUGUGGACUUCAACUCCUGGGAGUCCACAAGUCUUCAAGUUGCCAAGGUUGGAGUCCCCUGGCCCAGAGUGUGGAUGGAAAUUGGGGUCUGCAUACAGGUUCAAGGCUGUCACUUCAUCACUGGAUGGAUUCAUGCAGCUUUAAGCUAUCGUUCGUUGAACAUGUUACUGGGGCAGAGUUCCCACAAAGGCAUAAAUGGCCCUAACUCUAUGGUUUUGUGUUGGGGAGUGUUUGCAGCUUGUUUUGAGAUCAGUUCUGUUUCAGGGCCACAUUUUCAAGGUUUGCAAUGGUUUGGGGACAGAUAACAUUCAAAAUUAUUGAGAGCUAGUGUAGUUUAGUGAUGAAAGCUCCAGGCUCAGGAGAGAGUGAAUUCCAGUCCCGCCUUAGACCUGAAAGGCAGCUGGGUGACUUUGGGCCAGUCACUCUCACUCAGUCCUGGCAUGAAAAUCCAGCUCCCUUAAUAGAGUUGUUGCUGUGAGAAAGAGAGAAGGAGGAAGGACUAUUAGGUAUGUUUGCUGCUUUAUUUAUAAAAAUAAUAAGAGGCAGGAUGAAAAAAACCAGGCAAUUAUGAGAUACCUAGAGUUGUUCUUGAUAGUGAGAUGAGUGGCAUAGAUUUAACAAAUAAAAUGAAUAAAUAAAUAAAAGCCACAACAGAAGAGCCAUAUGGUGCCCUUCUCCCUUCUUCAGCAAGAUCUUAAAUUUUGUAACCAUCUAUGGCAGAAACUGCUUUGCUUUUGAGACUCAAGUAAGAGGAAGAUUCCUGACCAGAAGGAAUUCCUUGUUUGAGAAGGGGGGAAAAUCAAGACCUCACUACUAUCCAGGUUCAAAUUUAAUUCCACAGUGAACCAAAAACACGUGAUCAUCUUUUCAACAGAGUCCAUAAAAUUAAAUCUUUUGCUUUGUGGCAAUCAUAUUGCCACAAACAUGAGGCUUUUUGAUGCUUCAAAUGCUGGUGGUAUAUAUAUAUAUUUAUUUGAGUAGAAGGAGACAUAUUUAACAGAGCAGGGAAGGUCAUGAAACAUUAAUUUAUUUUCUUUCACAAUCUCCCCAUACAUCGUAUGUUUGCAUAUGACUGGACUAGUGAAAAUGACUUUUAUACCUCCCCUUUUUCGAAGUUACUGUGUUUGUACAUGUAUUUAGAAAAACUCGAUUGUGGUAGAAAAUAUUAAUAAAAAGCCUUACAACAA